CCCCUCUGUUCAAAUGCUCAAUUUCAUCAGUAUGCACCCAACAUGCAGCAGAGCUCAAUAUUUUUGGUGGAUAUUCAACAUUGAUAUCUUCAAAUAACAGCUAAAAAUGAAUGGCUUUCCGAGUUUCUUGAUCACUUAAACAAUCAUUGGUCAUACAAAACAUACACAGGUGAUAACCUUGAUGAUACCAAAUAGGAAUGCUGCUGGUUAUGACUCUAUCACCAUUGCCAAUGGCCAAACGGAGUGAGAGGGAAAACCAGCGUUUGGAAGGCCGCACUAGGAAACAUAAAGCAAUUCCUAGCCUUUCACUUGCAUGGCAAUGAUGUAGGAAGGGGACUAAUAAGCAGUUACUUUCUUGUAGAUGAACAAACCAUGAUGGAAUAUUCGUCCCUGGAAUCACCAUUUGCAAGACCUCACCAGGGCCUUGGCUAGUUGAUGCAAAAACAGAACAUGCCUUUGAUAAAUUAUUGAAACUGCGUGUGUCCAGAGAAUCACAACACCAUGCUUUCAGUUCUCUUAUACUUGAAGGAAGCUCGGGCAUACUUUGAAGCCUUUUGCAACCAUUUAGGCUAAGACAUUUAAGCUUGGGAAGUUCAUGGAUACUUAUUGGCAAAUUAACAAAAUGGUUGCCUGAUAAAUCCAAAUCCGUCAGCGAUGGAAACUGUCCGGAAUCGCAAGGGAACGACUCCUCAGUUAGACAACAAUCUCGUAAGUCAAGGAUGCUUAAGAAAGGAAGGCAAGCAAGCUUUUCGCAACCUCUUAAGUCCAAUUCAGAUAGGCCAACUAAACAUCCACGUGAUAUGGGAAGGACAGAUUCUGCUGGUGCCGCAGAACUUCACUCUGGGUAAGCAAGCCGGGAAUGAAGGAUUUGAGUAUGUGGUGUUCAAAACAACUGAUUGGGUUUGCGCCGGGAAGAAAUUGGCGCUUUGGAACCGGUCCGAGAGUAGUGGAGGCGGUAGUGGUAAUGGUGAUGGCGGCAGUAAUGGUGGUAGUUGCCUAGUUGGAGAGGAGAGAGGUGAAUUUUGCAGGGGAAAUGGUGAUAGUUAUGGAAGACAAAGAAGAAAGAGGAGGAAGAAAGAAGAAAAAGAGAGGGGAGCCGUAUCUCAACUUGAUAAAGGGACGAUUAUCCACCUUAAAUGGCGGAACUACUCCAACGGUGGUUAUGGGUUUACCCCUAUAAAUACACUCAGGGAAACAGGUUACUCUGCACUGGAUCAAACUUCAGAUUUUUUCUCCCUGCUCGCUCUGUUGCACAUUCAUAUCCGAGCGAGUCUAGAACAAAAACAAGGGCUAGGUAGGCCAUGUGUCAUGGGGAUGAGGGACCCCUUGCCGCCUUCUUUAACAAGCCCUCGCGGGUGCGUAGCUGAUACUAUCCAACAGUCCCAGCAAAAUGACCCAUGGGUAACUACCACAACGAUAAAAGACCGGUGUCUGGGACAUCCAUGUUGCCUUCCAAAUGACUUGGGUGUGUUUGGGGUUCACUUUGGAGAAGAGAGAAGCCCGUUUGAGUGUUUUGAACGUCCCACUUUUAUGUUUGGCAAUUUGUUAGAAUUCUAAACCCACUUUCAGCUCUGAACGUACGUUUACGUGAAGCUAAAAUUUCUUGCUUCUGCGUUCACGUUGAGAAAGUUGAUUGUCGUUGGAGGAAUUAAGUGGAAAAUUUAUUCUGUUUCUACCAAUCCUACCCUCUAUUCUCUUCUAUAAAAAAGAUGUAAGUAACCAUAACUUUCACAG